AUGCAAAGCCAUCAUUUAAAUUCGAGUUUUGUCUUUCCUCCCGAAGCUGUAGUCCAGAACCCCGUGGUUCUGAAUUCAGAUUUCACCUUCACUUGUCACACUGGAGUUACAACCAUUCCUUUAUCAAUGACACCACCACAAAAUGUACCAAAUAUGCAAAACCUGCAAAACGUGCAACAAAACGUAGUAACCAUUCCCAACGUUCCGAACGUUACAAAUGUACCAAUCGUACCUAACGUACCUAGCAUGCCCAAUAUAACAAAUAUGUCAAAUCUACCACUAAAUAUGUUUACGAUGGAUCACUCUCAAGCAUCACAAGUAUCUCAAAUAAUCUCUCCUGCUCCAUCAUCACCUCUUGAAUAUCGCGAUUCUCCAACAGCCGAUGAGUUGGAUAUUCCCGAAUUUUUUCAAUAUAGUAAGGAAAAAUAUGAAAGUCAAAAGAUCGGAUGUAAAAGACGAAGAAAAUCUUCACGAGAGGAUAAUUUCGAAAUAUCAUCUAUGGAUGAAGCUGAUAAUGAUGGUGAUGCCAGCAGUACAAUGUCACAUGCUGAGUUCAGACGUCAAAUACAUAUUCAAUCAGAGCAAAAGCGACGAGCUGAAAUAAAAGAUGGAUUUGAAGAACUUCGAAGACAUCUUCCCACUAGUUAUACGGGACGAAAAAUGAGUAAAGCAGUUCUAUUACAGAAAGCUGUAUCACAUCUUAAAAACACGUCAAGGAAAGAAAACUUCCUUCUUGAUGAAAUUAAUCGUUUAACUCAAACUGUUACAUAUUUGACUACUGAAUUAGAUAAGGAAAGAAGAAUGAAUGCAAUUUUUCGUCAAAAACAUGCUAUUUCGAAAUUAUAUGAUUGGGGAAUUUAA